CUCCACUACCCACUGCUCAUGAGGCCCCAGGUCUGCCUGGGCUUGGCCAUGACUUCAUGGCUUGGGGGGCUGCUGGUCUCGGUGGUCAAGACAUCUUGCAUUGCCAGCCUGUCCUACUGCGGCCCCAACAUCCUCAACCACUUCUUCUGUGAUGUCUCUCCUCUGCUCAACCUGUCCUGCACUCACAUGGCCCUGACCGAGCUGGUGGACUUCAUCUCUGCCAUUGUCAUCCUCUGGGGUUCCCUCCUUGUGGCCAUAGCCUCCUAUGUGGCCAUCGGGAGGGCUGUGUUCCGCAUGUCAUCAGCCACUGCCCGUCAUAAGGCCUUCUCCACCUGCGCAUCCCACCUCGUGGUGGUGGGUAUCUUCUAUGCGGCCACUCUCUUCAUCUAUGCCCGUCCCAGCCGCAUAGAAGCCAUGGACCUCAACAAGGUGCUGUCAGUCAUCUACACGGUGGUCACGCCCACAUGCAACCCCGUCAUCUACUGCCUGCGGAACAGGGAGGUCCAGGCAUCAUUCCGUAGAACCCUAUACUGGUCCCGAGGCUGA